UUUUCCGCCUUUUCGCGGGAAUAUAAAGCAACACCACGAAUCUUUUGUCUGUCCAGUUUCACAAGUUGAAACAUCCACUUUUGUCAAAAUGUUGACGUUUUUAGUUUUACUUUAUUCGCUUGCGGCGGUUCAGUCUGCGAUGUUACACGAUUACAUGACAGAUGCCGAGAUUGCAGAGAUAUUCCAUGUGCAGCGGAGUAAAGUGCCAUCUUACAGGGUUACUUCGACUCGUACCUGGUUCCAACGGCGUAACGAAGAGGCCGACAAAAUAGCGAUGCGAACAACCGGUGAACAUAUUGACGCGUAUUUGAACCCUACGGAUGGAUUUUUUAGCGGAAUAGAAACUCCAGUCUUUUUGGCCAAAGCUAAUAAAACAUUACCAUCUGGCGUUGAAUACGUCCCAGUAAAACAGGCAUUGAAAAAUUUCGUGCCUCAUCCAAAUCCUGACGAUAGCCUGGUCCUGAUUAUCAAUCAGAAAACCUCCAGGCGCUCUGGGGCAAGGAAGAACCUUCAGGUCCGACCUGUACCAAAGAGAUUAGAACCGGUAACGGCUGGACUACUCGGGCUCCUUUUCGGACACCCUCGCAACCAAAUUCUGCGACUUGGUAGCAGUUAUGGUAAUGAUACGAUCAACGAUUACAGUGACAUCGUCUACAGGGCAGCGAGUCUUAAAGUCAAUGGUUCGCAGACAUCCAGGGUUUCCAAUUCUUUCCAGAAAAAUUCGGCAGCUUCGCAAGAGAGAAAUUUACCUGCAGUGAUAUAUCCGGAGAUAUUGGUUGUAAUGGACCACAGAUUGUUCGCGACUCAGGAUAAAAAUGUGAAGAAGGCAGUACUGUAUUUAUUAUCAUUUUGGAAUGCUGUCGAUUUAAGAUAUAGAUCGAUGACGAAUCCUAAGAUUCGACUGAAUAUUGCCGGAAUCGUAAUCGCCGAGGACGAAGGUGGUAAUCCGUACCUCGACAACAAUAGGGUUCGCGAGCCUAUGGCAAAUUACAUGGUCCGAAUAGACGCAGACAAAGCUCUGAAGAGCGGAGGACAACACUUCUAUUAUGGCAACAAUCUACCGAAUCACGACGUGGUGGUGAUUAUGACAGGCGCGGAUAUCUGUAACAUGGCCAUAUCAGCUUGGGGUACGAAGUAUUGUGAUAGCAGUGCACGUGGAUAUGCAAAUGAUCUCGGAGCCUGCAACACAAGUUCUGUCCUUCAGAUGACGCAGGCGCUGGGUCUCGUUGAGGAUAAUGGGGGGUACAGCGGAAUCCUUCCAGCUACUCACGAACUGGCGCAUUUACUCGGUGUGCCCCAUGACGAAGGUGAGUGCGAAGAGGGCAGGUUCAUAAUGUCACCUUCACUCCACUACAACGAGAGUAGUUUCCUGUGGUCGAAUUGCAGUAAGGAAUCUUUCCGGAAAUUUCUCAGUUCUGACAAUGCGGAAUGUCUGCGGAACGAACCUCCCAAACAAAAAAAAAACAUCCGGCUUUUACCUGGUAGAGUUGAGUCUCUUCAUGAACAGUGUGCAAAAUACGCGGGUACAACAAACGUAACAGCGUGCGAGGAUAGAAGUCCGUGCAUAAUAUUGCAAUGUAGAGUGCAAGGUGAACGAGACUGUCUAGGAUCGGCAGCAGCUGCUGAAGGCUCCAUAUGCGCUCCAGGAAAGAGUUGCAUAAGCGGUUACUGCGUUGCCCUCGAACUGUAAUGACGAAUAGCCAACGUUCUCCAAUUAGAUUGACAAAUAUUUGCUGUUAUUUUGUGGCAACACGUCACACUUUAUUGAUAAUAAAAUUACAUCACUGA